AUGCGGGAAAUCGUUUCGAUCCACCUGGGCCAGUGUGGCGUUCAACUGGGCGGCGCGACCUGGGAGCUCUUCUGCCUUGAACACGGCAUUCUGCCGGACGGCACGGUUGACUCUGGCGGACAGAGCGAGGUGUUCGAGGACGACGCGCACUCGACGUUCUUCAGCGAGACUUGCGAGAACCGGCUGGUGCCGCGCGCGCUGUUUUGCGAUCUGGAGCCGAGCGUGAUCGAUGAAGUCCGUAACGGCGCGUAUCGCAACUUGUUCCACCCGGACAAGUUGAUGAGCGGCAAGGAGGACGCAGCAAACAACUUCGCGCGCGGGCACUACACCGUUGGGAAAGAUGCGAUCGAAGACUGCAUGGACCGCAUUCGCAAGCUGACAGAGGAGUGCGGCGGGUUGCAGGCGUUUCUGCUGUACCACGCUGUGGGCGGUGGCACCGGGUCCGGGCUCGGCUGUUUGAUUUUGGAGCGCUUGGCGAUGGAGUACACCGACCUAAUGUUCAGCAAGCGCGCGUUUGUGCACUGGUACGUUGGCGAAGGCAUGGAGGAGGGCGAGUUCUCCGAAGCGCGCGAGGACUUGGCUGUGCUGCAGUCCGACUUGAAGGAGGUCGCGAUGGACUGGACGAGUGAGCCGCCGAUCAGCAGCUUUGCUGGUUAG